CGGCAUUCCAGAGUUUUUACUGAGAAGAAGCGGAAUCGUUUCCAGACUGAGGAGACAAAAAAACUCAAGAUGUCGGUCAUCACUAGCCAACCAGGACAUGUGCAGCAGGGCACACGGGAAAUGUCCUCAGGACUGUUUGGAUGUUUGGGAGAUAUCAAGUCAUGUUGCUAUGGUUAUUUCUGUAUGCCCUGUCUGAUGUGCAGCAACGCCAGUCGUUUGGGUGAGCAUCAGUGCGUUUCUAUCUGCUGUCCGGGAGGACAAGUGGCCCUAAGGACCAAGCUGAGAACACAAUACGGAAUCCAGGGUUCCAUCUGCAGCGAUUCGUGCGCUGUUGCCUUCUGCGGAGCCUGUUUUGAAUGCCAGACCGCCAGAGAGCUAGACCACGUCGGACUGUAAAACGCGCCACGAAUUAGAGGUUUUGGAACAGUCACUGAUGCAAUAAUGACAGCUCUCUCGUCAAACAGUGGAACCUCUCUUAGCGGAAACCCCGUGUCUGGAAGCAGGGCACACUCCCUUCGACCACACUGAUUUGGUCGCAGAUUGGACAUAUUCAUUCACAAUUUGACCUCUGUUUAAAGGACAGUUCUCUGUAAAGAACAGCAACUCCCAGUCCCAAGGGUGUCCCUGAUAAAGAGGUUCUACUGUAGUUAACGUGGCUUUUUUACUGUCCAAUAAUUAUAUGCACACAUGGUCUGCAUCGAACAAUAUGAAGAGAGCUCUUUCCCAAUACAAUCGUUUAGAAUGUUGUACAGCAUUCAAGUACAAAUUAUGUGAUAUUUAUUCCUCUACUGUCUCUCAUUUAGUCAUUGUUGCAAGGUCUCCUAAACAAUUCACCUUUGCUAUUCAUUAAUGAAGUAAGUUUUCAGUGUUGACUCUAAAGCGCUUCAUUGUGUUUUGAGUAUUAAGAUGACUUUUACCUGGUUACAAACACCGAGUGGUCGUAUAAAUAAAUGUAUUAUUUUUUUCAUUUUCCUACUCAUCGAAUAAAUAAUCGUAUUU